AAACCGUGAUCACACUGCACGCGCACAGCAGAGGAGCCUCCGCGCGCUGGAGUUUCACUCCCUGCUCUGAUCCUUCGUCCUCACAUCCACCUGCGUACAACAUCUUCAUUUUGUCCUCUUUACUGAAGACUCAACAGCUCCCUUCUCCACACUCAGAGGACGGAGACGGCGCCGAGGUGCGUGGAGGACAUCUUCUGCCGGUAACACUUUACCCAACAUUUUACGCAGGACUUUAUGCUCGUCACUGUCUGAAAACGUGACUGGAAUGUAACUCACUCACAAUUGGCCACGUGUAAACAUUUCCUUCAGAAAAACGAUGCUGCCUGAACCUCUCUCAACACGGACCUCCUGAUAAAUUGGCGACUCUUACCUUCUGGGAAUAUGGGGACACUUGACCGUGUUGCAGUCAGUCAGUGGGUUCAGCUGAACGGCUCCUCGGCUAUGUUGGCCAACAUUUCACCGACAGCUUCCCUUCCAGAGUCAGCAGCUUCUCCAAAUGACACCCUGGUUACAUGUGUUCUAGGAACAGUCCUGAUCCUCAUGUUUGUGGUCGGCAUAUUUGGAAACUUGUACACCUUGGUGGUGAUGAAUAUCUCCGUCCGCGUCACUGGAACCAUGUAUGUCUACAUUGUGAACUUGGCCCUGGCCGACCUGCUCUACCUGGCCACUGUGCCUUUUGUGGUGUGCACCUAUUUUGCUAAGGACUGGUAUUUUGGUGAUGUGGGCUGUCGGAUCCUUUUCAGCCUUGAUUUUCUCACCAUGCACGCCAGCAUCUUCAUCCUGACAGUGAUGAGCACCGAGCGGUACCUGGCCGUGGUGAACCCUCUGGACACUCUAGCCCGGGCCAGGCGCUGCAGGAGAGCUGUGGCAUGGGCCGUGUGGCUUGCCUCAUUCGUCCUCUCCCUACCCACCAUGAUCAUGAUCGACCUGAGGAGGCAUGUGCAGGACGGUGUGGAGAAGCGCAUGUGCCACCCCACCUGGCAACUCACGGCCUACAAGGUGUACCUGACUGUGCUCUUCAACACCUGCAUCCUGGCUCCUGGAUGCAUCAUUGGUUACCUGUAUCUCAAACUGGCCAGGACUUACUGGCUCUCCCAAACCACUGUGUUCUCAUCCAAAGAAAUGAAUACUUGUCCCAAACAAAAGGUGCUCUACAUGAUCUUUGGUAUAGUUCUCACUUACUGGGCAUGCUUCUUGCCUUUCUGGUUGUGGCAGUUACUCAGUAUCUAUUAUUUUGGACCUGGGAAGUUGUCCCGCAGUACAAUGGUGUACAUAAACUUUGUGGUGACCUGUCUGGCUUAUAGCAACAGCUGCAUCAAUCCGUUCCUUUACACGUUGUUGACCCGAAAUUAUCAGGAGUACUUGAAAGAGAGACAAAAGAGCAGUGCAGUGUUUAAGAAGCGGUUCCGUCACUCGUCUCAAAGGUCUGUGUCAUCUGGAAGUCACCAGUUUACAAAUGUUUCGUGCAGUACACAACAAAAUGGUGUUCUGGAUGCUUUUACCAAGCUCUGACAUUUUCAUGCUCUGCUGUUAUGAGAAGCAAAUGUUCUCAUACUGGUGAUGACAUUCUGAUAGUUCUGAGAAUAUCUUCCUAUUUGAGAUGAGAUUUCUGAAGAAAUUGAAAUGACAUUCGUGAAGCAUUAUCAGGCCUCGUAAGAAAUAGAAAAAACCUUAUACGAGUCUGGACAUGAAUUUGUCCUUGGUUUUGAGCUAUUGUUAGAAAACAAAGGCACGCUUAUACAGACAGUAUUGCAAGCAGUAUUGGUGACUUUAUAUGUUUGGGAUGAGACAUCCAGAGCAAACCAUGCAAAUAGAAAAAAUGAAGUGAGGAAGUUGGGUGCCUGUGUGAUUUUAAAUGUAAAACACGCAGAAAAUGACAACGGGCACUGAAAUUAGUCAGGCAGAAAAAGGGAGGUCUCUUAUUCUGCUGAAAUGAAAUGGCGCAUAAUGGGAAAAAAAGUAUUUCAUAUGUGUAGGUACUUCUACAUUUUAAAUAUUUAUUCAUGUGACUGGCUGUAGUGGCACAAGUGCAAUCAGAGAUAAUACUCUUUUGCUUUUAUACGAGUGGUUUGGACAUUUUGAACAGGUUUUAUGGAAAAGUCUAAGCAUAGUCUAA